GGGCCCCCUCUCUUUCUCCCCCGCCCCCCUUCCCACGCUCCGAUCCGUCGCCCCCCCAGCGCGUGCACGAGCGCGCGCGCGCACACACACGCGCGCGAGCCCAGGCGGCAUGCAAAUGAGCCAACGCCAGUGUCCAGACUUAAGCUCCCCACUGCUCAAUGGACAGCCCCAGCCCAGACCCGUUGCCUUCCACUUUGCCUGGGGAGGAAGAGAAACCUCUGGCCUUACUUCCUCCUGUUCCCCGUGGUCGCAGAGGCCGACCACCAGGCGGAAGAGCCACCUCCUCCCAUCGGACGCUCAAGUCCUCCCUGCCUCGCAGGAGGGGCCGCCCCCCCAAGUCAGGGCAGGAGACCCCACUAGCUCAGCAGAGGCUGACAGCAGCAUCAGUGGACAGCGGCGGUGGUGGCAGCAGCGACCUUCUGUUGAUUGAUGAUCAGGGUGUGCCCUACACAGUCCCUGAAGGGUCUACAGCAGGUGGGCCCCAGGGCUCUGGCCCCAAGAGGGCCCCGCACUUCUGCCCAGUCUGCCUGCGGGCCUUUCCCUACCUCUCCGACCUGGAGCGCCAUAGCAUCUCACACUCAGAGCUGAAGCCACACGAGUGCAAGGAUUGUGGGAAGACCUUCAAGAGGUCCAGUCACUUACGGCGACACUGCAACAUCCAUGCGGGCCUGCGACCCUUCCGCUGCGUGCUCUGCCCGCGCCGCUUCCGGGAGGCUGGGGAGCUGGCACAUCACCACCGCAUCCACUCUGGCGAGCGCCCAUACCAGUGCCCCUCCUGCAGGGUGCGCUUUACCGAGGCCAACACUCUCCGUCGCCAUUACAAACGCAAGCACCCGGAGCUUGUGGGGAUGCCCGUACGCCUGUGUCCCCCAAACCCAAAGCCCCAACCACUGUGGGAUGACGACGAGGGAGGAGUCUCCACCCCAGCAGAGGCCCAUGAGGAAGAGGCUGAAGGACAGGAGCCUGCUUGACCCAUAUGUCCUGUCGCAGCUCCCUUGUCCAGGUUUUCAGCUGGGAGUUCUGCUGGUGCUGGGCCCGGGCAAGGAAGCUGUGACACCCUUGUUUCUGGUGGUCUUCUUCCCAUCGUGGGAGGGGGUCAAGGGCGGGGACCUCAACUUUCAGGUCCUGCCAUCUGGUACCCUCCUGCGGACUAACAGGCCCUGGGAGGCAGGGGCUGUGGAAAUAAAUCCCUGCCUGUUGA